AAACCGGAAAAAUGGCAGCGGCUCCUGUGUUGGUGGUCCCUUCUCCUCCGCGGGACGUGGAGAGAGUGGCCGGGGCGGACGACGGGGCCUCGGUCGCCGGCACCUCCCGAGAGGACUUCCGGGUGCGCUGCACCUCGAAGCGGGCCGUGACGGAAAUGCUAGAACUGUGCGGCCGCUUUGUGGAAAAGCUCGGGGACGUGCUGCCAGAGGAGAUUCGGGAGCCUGCGCUGCGAGAUGUGCAGUGGACUUUUGAAUCAGCGGUGCAAGAGAAUGUCAGCAUUAAUGGGCAAGCAUGGCAGGAAGCUUCAGAUAAUUUUAUGGAUUCUGAUAUCAAAGUACUUGAAGAUCAGUUUGAUGAAAUCAUAGUAGAUAUAGCCACAAAACGUAAGCAGUAUCCCAGAAAGAUCCUGGAAUGUGUCAUCAAAACCAUAAAAGCAAAACAAGAAAUUCUGAAGCAGGCUUCCCCUAUCUGUGUCUUUUAUGACUUGGUAUUAGAUAAAAAACCUAAAAUACUAUUUGGCGGUUUCUUUGCAGCCUCUCGUGUGGAAAAUUUGAAAUGCAGAGGAGAAACAAUAGCUAAGGAGAUCAGUGAAGCCAUGAAGUCCUUGCCUGCAUUAAUUGAACAAGGAGAUGGAUUUUCCCAAGUCUUAAAGAUGCAGCCUAUUAUCCAGCUCCAGAGAGUCCACCAAGAAGUCUUUUCUGGUUGUUGUAGGAAACCAGAUGUUAAACCUGAGAGCUUUAUAACACAAAUAGAAACCACACCAACAGAGACUUCAACCAGGAAAGCCACUGACCUGGUCUUGAAAAGAAGGCGAACUAAAGACUGCUCCCAGAGAAAAUGGUAUCCGCUACGGCCAAAGAGAAUUAAUCUUGACACAUAAGCUCUUGUUUGUCUUGAGAGUUGAAAUUUGGCACUGUCAACAUUUAGAUUACAGCCUAAUGCCUAGACAGGAAAAGACAAAUAACUCUUUAACUAGUGAUUCCUUUAUACAAAUAUAGUAGCUCUAUGCUGGGAUAUAAUGUAAUAAUUGUAUUUCCUUCUCAUUUUGUCUUUAGUAGAUGAAAAGCAUAUUUUUUGAAUAUUGGCACAAAGCCCAUCAGUGGGCAUUAAGAGUGCAAGCUUAAAUGUCCUUAAAUGUAAUCAGCUCUUGGCUGCCUUACAGCUUUUGUGGAAUAUCACGAGUAACACAUUCUAUUGGAUUUCUAGUAUACAUCUUUUAAAAAGAGCAGUAUCACAGUUGUCUCUCUUUAAGUGCUAAAAGUAAUCAUCAGUUCUGUUUAGGAGCUAGGAGCAGAUGAAGUUUUUUUUUUCCCCCUCAGUGUAGUUUGAUUUAUCACAUUGAUAUGCAGAUAAGAAGACUGGCUUUGACUUUGUUUACUCUAAGUUCAGCUAAUUUGGAUUUGUGGUAUUAUUUUUAGGAUUUUUUUGUUUUUAUUUUGUAAGACAGACGACUUAAUUAUGUAAGAAUUUUUCUUAGAAAUAAAAAUUGGCAUGUAGCCAAUGUUUCUUGUCCACACUUAUUUUCUACAGGCUUUUCAACUUAAACAUUUGAUUUGGGACUAAGGGUUUCUUUUCAAGAUUUCUCAUUAUAUCUUUGUACAUGAUUGCAGUUCAAAAAUAUGUAUUGGAUUAAAAAUUAACAAAUUGUCAUUGUGGAACAAAUAUAGAUGCAAUCAUACUGAACUAUUCUACGUUUAAGGAUGUUUAUUUAUCACGGAUGUUAUUGGUAGAAGGCUGAGGAAGCUAUAUCGCCUAUAGCUCUAACAUUUCACUGUAGUUUCUUAUAGCUCUUACUGUGUCUCUUCCUCACAUUAAUACAAUGUAGGCAGGGCCAUCCAACUUUUAUCCUUUUCUCCUUUGAUGACUGUAUAACUUCAUUCAUUUGCAGAGGAAUUUACUAAUCAUGACGUUGGGAAAUCUGUACUUCUUAUUUAUUAUGUCUUACCAAUCAAAUAUCUAAAUAUGACAGAAAGUGUGUCUCAGCGAAGAAAAUUUACAAAGCCACUUUAUUGCACUCUGUAUUUUAAUCUACAAUUUUAGAUCUGUAUAUUUGUAAUAACAGUGUGUUUUUAAUUAAAAUACUGUACAAAGACUGAAA